AUGGAAUCAAGUAAAAAUAUAAUUGGACAAGAUGCUCAAGCUAAAAAAUUAUCCUUAUCCCGUUCAAAGUCCACCUCAAAUAAAGUUAAAAAUAACAAACCGUCUAGUAUAGUGACCUCAAAUUUAUCAAAUAUCAGUAAAUCCAAGGUUGAUAAACCAAAAUCUCCCACCUCAUCAAAGGAUGCCUCUUCUUCACGCAACGUUGAAAGAAAAAAGUCCAUCAGUGGUACCCCUUCUACGAUCGGUCCUUUGAAUAAGAACAAAAGUGUUCAAACAACGACGACGAGAAAACAAAAGGUUGGAACGAUUUCUUCAAAUGUGUCUGCAUCUGAUGGUUCCAGCCCAGACAAUCUGUUAGAUAGAAGGCCUUCCGCUCCUCCAAAAUUAAAUUUGGCAUUUAAAAAUCAUCGUAUUGUUGCCGCUUCUCAACAAAUUUCUCCAAACGAUUCUUCAAGCAAGAAUUCUUUGGGUAAAGUUUCUCCAAGCGUCGCUACUCCUCCUUCACUUAUGUCCCCAAAAAUAAGAGAAUUACGAAAAUCUGAACCUUUUCAAUCAAAACCUUCCGGCAAAGAUACUUCCGAUGACGAUACUUCAUCCUCACGUCGUGUUCCCGCAAAAACUCAUGUCAAAAAGAAAACUUCCGCCUUAUCUUCUUUGCCUAAAGCCGAAUUAAAUAAAGAAUUGUUGGCUAGGUUAGAACAUCAAAAUUCUCAACUUCCGCCUCAGGAUUCGACUCAAUUCUUAUUGGCACGUCUUGAAAGGCAGAAUGAAAUGUUGGAUAAUGAUCCAAAAUCGGUUUGCAUCGAAUCCAACGUACUAAAGGCAAACAUGGAGGUCGUGCAAUCGUUAAUUGAUGAUAUAACAAGUCCAAUAACUGAUGCUUCGGGUCCCGAAGAUCUUUCUUCUUCUCUCUCAGUCAUGGAGCAUCGUGAUUUGAACGAUGAAGAAACGAAGAAGAUCGAUUGGGAUUUUUGGACGGCGUUGAUUCAAGAUUACGCUGCCGUUGCUACAAAAUUGCCUCAUCUAUUGUCUGCAAAAUUACAACAAGGUUUACCUAUGAAAUUAAGAGGUUUGAUUUGGCAGUCAAUGAGUCAGGCUUCUUCGACUUACUUGGAAACCAUGUAUAGUCAAUUAUUAUUGGAAUCUUCUCCUUAUGAUAGAAUUAUUCAACGUGAUCUGGCUAGAACUUUUCCAACCGUGGAAAUGUUUAAAGAGGAGAAUGGACGUGGUCAAACAAUGCUUUGGAAUGUCUUGAAAGCUUAUAGCUUAUAUGAUCCUUUAGUUGGUUAUUGUCAAGGCCUUGGUUUCUUGGUCGGACCUUUAUUAAUGAAUAUGAGUGAAGCUCAAGCCUUCUGCGUAUUUGUUCGGUUGAUGGAAACAUAUGAUAUGCGUACCAUGUUUACGUUAAAUAUGGAAGGUCUUCAACUAAGACUUUAUCAGUUCUCUUGUCUUCUAUCACAAAUCAUUCCAAGUUUGCACUCUCAUUUCCGUCUUCAUGGGAUUCACGAAGCGAUGUUCGCAUCACAAUGGUUCCUUUCCUUGUUCGCUUAUACAUACCCGCUUCCUUUGGUAUUCAGGAUAUAUGAUGUGGUGUUUGCUGAAGGUGCACCUGAAACCAUCAUGCGAGUUGCCAUAGCAUUAUUGAAAAAGAAUGAGGAAAAAUUAUUGGAAUUGGGAGAAUUUGAAGAAUUAUUGGAUUUCUUGACUACGAAAUUAUAUGAUACCUAUAAUAAUGAGCCAACCAGUUUGAUUCAAGAUGCCAUGGAAUUGAGUUCCGUUAUUACAAAGAGUAAAUUGGAUCAAUUAUCGGAGAAUUAUGUAAACGAUAUUGAAGACCAAAAGAAACGUACGGAAGAAUUGGUCGCUGUCAGAUUUAAUGUUAGGUCGAGUUCCACAUCAAGUGACAUUUCCACGUCAUCCGACAACGAAGCUCCAAUCCCAAAGACACCAUUAACUCCAAGCUUCUUCUCAAGUAGUACUAGCAUAGGGGUGUUACAUCAACAAAUUGAGGAUUUAGUGACGGCCCUAUCACACUUGCAGAAAGAACAUGCCGAUGUGACGGGUCAACUGGUAACCAUUAAGAUGGAAAAAAUGGAUUUGGUGAAUGAAGUGGAAGGGUUAAAUAACCAAUUAAGAGGAUUAGAAAAAGAAAAUAAGAGGGCGUCAACGUCCUCGUUGAUCUCAGUAGAUUCUGCAAUGACAUUGAGUAAUGAUGAGGGAUUCGAAUCUGGAAGAACCACUAGGAUCGCUUCUCCGAUCACUCCAAAUCCAGAUCAAAAGAGCGGAUAUGAUCACGUGAAAAAUUUAGUGCAUUACAUCGGAUCCAAGUUCGAUAUUUCGGAUAAUGAAAUAUUGAAAAUGAGAAGAUCAUCGGCCCCGGCGACUUCUCUUACAGAAUCCCAAUUAUCAUUGAUAUUGAAUAAUAACAAUGCUAGCGAUUCUACAGGCGUUUCAUCAAAGGAUAAAAGUUUUGGCUUGGUUGAAGAAUGGAAUGAUGAGAGUAAAAAGCAGUACUCCUUGGAAUUAGCUCUUACCGAAGAAUUGAUUCAAGUUAAACGAGAGAAAUUUGAUUUAAUGUUGGAGAAUCGAGAAUUGGUAAAGAGGAAUAGUGAGUUAGAAAAUGCUUUAGAAAAUUCUCAUCAAAUUCAAAAAUCGUUAAAAGACAAAAAUAGCUUUUUAAGUAAGGAAAUUGAGAGAUUAGAUGAGGAAGUCGCGCAAGCAUUAUAUGAAAAGAAUUCAAUGAGAGAAGAAAUUAAAGCUGUAAAACCUCUUCGAAUUGAACACAUCCGUGCUAACAGAGAAAACGAAAAAUUAAAACUAGAAUUAGAAAAUGUCGAGACAAGGUUGAGGCAAUAUGAACCUGAAUAUAUUGGAAAUAAUGAUUGGGUUAUAACGAUGGAAGAAAUAGACGAAAUUUUAUCAGCCACCACGCCAAAAUCUUCGAGAAGAGUUAGUUUUUUAAAUUUCUUUGGGGCCAUAACGCCAACUGGAUCAAAUGGAGGUUUCAUAUUUCCUACAUGUACAAUAGAAAGUUGUACGUCAACAAAAAAAUGUGAUGAUUUAGAAAAAAUGUUGAAGCAUGUUAAAAUGUUAUUGGUUGAAAGCGAAGCGGCAAGAGGUCAGCUUAGCUCUCAUAUAGACGAAUUAAAUAGUAUGAUUAACGGAUUUGAUAAUUUAUACGACGAUGAUAUAUUUCAAUCCGUUGGAGAAACAGAAAAUUCUUUCCAAAAGAAACCUAAAUCUGAAAAAAGGUUAUCUACGAGUUUAGCUGCUUUCUUUGGAGCUGCUUAA